AUGCCGGGCGUUGGGGCGAUCGGAGCGCGGUGCGGGCACCGGUACCGCCACCGGCCCCGGCCCCGGCCGCGGAAGAGCCCCCGAGAGAGCCCCGAGGAGGAGCCGGGCCAGGCCGGGGCCGCCAUGGACGCGGCGAUUUGGAUCUACCAGUUCCGGCUGAUCGUGCUGGGGGACUCCACCGUGGGCAAGUCGUGCCUCCUGCACCGCUUCACCGAGGGGCGCUUCCCCGGGCCGCUGCACUCCGACCCCACCGUGGGGGUGGACUUCUUCUCCCGCCUGGUGGAGAUCGAGCCCGGCAAGAGGGUCAAGCUGCAGCUCUGGGACACGGCCGGGCAGGAGCGGUUCAGAUCAAUAACACGAUCUUAUUAUCGCAAUUCUGUCGGUGGCUUGCUAGUGUUUGACAUCACAAAUCGACGAUCUUUUGAACAUGUGAAAGACUGGCUAGAAGAAGCAAAAAUGCAUGUACAGCCCUUUCAGAUUGUUUUCCUGUUAGUAGGACAUAAAUGUGACUUAGUAUCACAGCGUGAGGUUACAAGGGAAGAAGCUGAAAAACUGUCAUCUGCCUGUGGUAUGAAAUACAUAGAAACCUCAGCAAAAGAUGCCACAAAUGUUGAAGAGUCCUUUACAAUUCUUACGCGAGACAUCUAUGAACUUGUAAAAAAAGGAGAAAUCACAAUACAAGAUGGAUGGGAAGGUGUUAAGAGUGGCUUUGUUCCAAAUGUUGUACAUUCAUCAGAGGAAGCCGUAAAGCCCAGAAGACAGUGCAUCUGCUGAAUUUGUGGCAUGCCAAAGAGCACAUCAGGUGUUCAGAAGAUGACUCCAACCUAAAUAACAGAAUAAUAAUUCUGAAACAAUAUUAGAUCAUGACAUAGCUGAAUCGUAGGAUAAUAACUUGGUUUUGUAUUCUUCUGUCUAAUUCAUAACUUCAUAAAACUUUAAGUGCUUUUGUUUUUAUUUUAUUUUGUUUUACAGAGUACAAUAUCUUCGUGUGGUCUUCAGGAAAAGAAAUUAUAUAUUGCUAAAGGAAAAAUUAAUCCUAUAGCAAGACAUUGUGAAAGCGCAAUAAUCACCGUGACAACAUCCUCUCCUGGGCUAUGUAUUUUGAAUACAGUUUAAAAUCAAGCCCUGCUAGGUGAGGAUGAGAUGAGCUUAUUACUUUUGUUCAUCCUGCCUUAGUUUUGGACAAGAAAAUAUCAUACCUUAUACAUUUUUUAUGUGAUUCUUUACUCAAGUGCAGCAUUGCUCAUCAACGUUGAAGUUUAGUAAACUGUAGAAUUUCAUAAUAAAGAUAAUUCUAAAUAAAGCAAGCUGAAAGAUUGCUCCAAUAGCAAACACUUUUGAUAUGACUAUGAAUACAAGCCUUACUAAAGAAAAAGAAUGUUUUAGAAAAGAUGAUUUAUUUGUAUAUGAAAAUGGGUAAUAGAAGCAAUGAAAUUUAGCAAUGAAAUUUACUAUUAAAUAUUUUCUGAAUUGCCAGUGAAACUAAAUGUAACAUCACAUAUGAUCCAACUAUUUUGACUUGUAUACAAAAUAGAUUUCCCAACUGACUGAGUUGCAUUUUGGAGGCCAGAUCCUCAGCUGGGUAGUUAUCAUAGCCACACUGAUGCCUAAAGAAUUGCAUUAAUUUACACAAACAAUUUCCAUAUCAGCUUUAAAAAAAAAAAUUAUCUACUUCUAACUAGAUGUAAAAAGGAACUUAAAAGUGCUGUAACCCAUGGGGACCCAGAAC